UCACUUCAAAAUGGCGGCCAUUUAGAACUUUGUGGUGAAGUAGCCCGCCAAGUUUGUUUCAAUUUAUUGGUCUAACGCUACUUUUCGCGUGCGAUCAGCGAGUGUUAGGUGAUACAUGAUAGGCGUAUAAACCGUGGGGUUCAGCAAGAAUGGACACCAACAUUCGCACUUUGCUGUCAGCGGCCCAGAAGUAUGGAGCCAAAGAUGGCCAGGUGUACUUGGAUCAGGCGUUUGAAGUCCUGAAGGGUGCAGGUGACCAGGUGCCAGCUGUUGACUCCGCAGCUGCCUUCGGACUGGACCUGUAUGUCAUCUGUGCUGAACUGGGAUUUCAGUAUGGCCACCUGGACAUCACAAACGAGUGUUUGCGGCUGUACUUCCUGCGGACCCCCCCUCCCAAUCAGUUCCUGUGCCGGGCCUACCUCUGCCAGGCUCAGAUGUUAGCCCCCACCAGUGCUGACAACCCUGAACAACUUGAGAAGGCUGUGGUGUACCUGCUGAAAGCCAUCAGUUUUGCAAAGGAGACACCAAGGUACCACUUCCUGGUGUACAAUGCCUCUGUGCUGUACUGGCAGAUGUGUCGUCCCUUCCUCAAGCCCAACCACCGGCAGCACCUGGCCAAGUCCCUGCACCAGGUGGUCAGGGCCCUGGACGAGAUAGACGACAAGGACUACGAAUGGAGAGCUCAACUCAUGAUAGCCCUGAUCGAGUGCCUGAUGGAUUCCAACAAGCCCAAAGAUGCAGAGACCAUCAGCAACCUGGCAGCAACCUUUACACGCCAGAACGUCCCCUCCCUUUUCAAGGAUGUCUUCAGGCUGCAGAUUAAGCACAAGCUUGGUGAGCCAGGAAAAGCUCUUCGGGACCUGCUGAAAGUGACGGCAUCAGGAGACCUGGCUGUGUACUACAAGAUCUGCAAGCUCAAAACUGGUCUGGAGUCAGGAGAGCCGCACCCUAACCUGCACAGGGAGCUGUUUAAGAUCCUGCGACAGAUCCUGCAGCAGGAGGAUGACAUGCAGUCCCACGCAUCCUCCUACAGCGGCGGCAGGAAGAGUCAGACUCUCAGUGACAAGGAGAGAGAGAAGGAGAUCUCAGCAAACCCUCCAUCUAUUGAAGAAAGGCCAUCCUUGCUGUUGGAGCUGGGACGACUGUGUCUGGACCACAACUUCCCAGACUUGGCAACACAGUGUGUGGAUGGCAUCAUGGCAUGUCCAGUCAAGGAUGAGGCCACCAUGCUACAGGCAGAGUUCAUGAACUGUGACCUGAUGGUGAAAAACCUGAAGAACAAGAUGGAGUCCUACACCAAGUCUGCUGUGGAGGUCCGAGUAUUGGCCAUCAAGCGACUGAUGCAGGCCCUGCAGAACGCGGUCCGUUAUGGUGACCCUAACGUGAUCCAGGCGGGCUGCGUGACGCAGUGGAACAUGUGCCUCCCCCUGCUGCAGCCCAACCUGCGCCAGCAUGUCAGGAGACCACUGGCCAUGGUGGCCGAGGCUUUAGAGGACAUUGAGAGCCUGCUGAUCCUGCUGCGAUGCCAGGUGCACACUGAGCUGGCCAAGUGUGAGGAGGACCAGGAACAGAUAGAGGUGGCCAUGGACCAUCUCAGGAAGGCCAUCCUGCUGGAUGACAGUGGACAGUACAGGGAGAGGCUGGAGACCAUGUUACACCGGCUCCAGCUCAGGAUACAGCUGUACAAAACACCCGAGAGACAGGAGGACCAGGCUGCCAUGAUCAUUGAACAGGCCCGUAAGAGCAGUGAGUCUGGCACAGUGCGCAUGAAGAGGUCCCUGCUGGUGCGUGCAGGUCAGGCCCUGGCUCCUGACGCCUUCCUGCUGGUACUGGACAGUGAGUCAGAGACUAAAGGCAGAGUCACUGGUGCUGGAUCAGCAAAGCUAGGUCAAACUGCUGGAGGAGGGAAGGGGGUGGAGACUGUCAUCACCCAGCUGGCUGCCAAGGCCAGGCAGUUCGAGAAGAGUGUGAAGAAAGCUGCCGGCCACCUGAAGAGACUUGGGGAUGAGAAUGACAGGGAGAGGGCUCAGCUGUGGGCAGACCUGGCUAAGACGGCGCGUAAGCAGGAGGUGUGGGACGUGUGCCGUGUCGCCUGCCGCUUCUGUCUGCUCUACGAUGACGGCAGGUGGAAGCCGUUCCCAGGAGAGGUCACCAUCAAUGAAAGUCCCAACAAAGAGGAAAAGAAAGAUACGCUGGAAGGACCAGUUUCUGUGGAGAGCACCACGAUGCUGUAUGACAGGGACCUGGUCAGGAUGCUGGCAGAGGUCCACUUCAUCAACUCUGAGGCGAUGGUACAUCUGCUGCGUUCUGAGGGAGUCCAGCUGAACAACCAGCCCAUCCCACCUGUGGACAAGAGUAAACACCCCAAGGGUUACGUACCCAAGAAGCCAGAGGAAGACCCUGACUGGCUCUACUACUGUGAUUGGAUCCGUUCCCUGUCCGGUGCGGUGACGUCCGGGUUCCUGCGUGCUGCGGAGCUGGGGGUGGAGCUGCAGGAGUCCUGGGUGGUGUGCAGCAGCGCCGCCUACCUGUGGAACUACAACAACCACCUGCUGACGGACAGCCGGCACCGCGAGCUGGUGGAACCCUUCACUGCCGUGGUGGAGGCUCUCAAGAAGGUUGGACAUGCAGGGGAAGCCAUUCUGCUGACCCAGGUGUGUAACGCCCUGGCGUACGGCCUGAUCCAGCCCUGGAUCCCCCCUCCCCCUCCCAAGGAGCCCGUCUCCACCGCCAGACUCACCACAGACAAGGCCAGCUCCCCGUCAAAGAAGGCCUCCCAGAAAAGUGCCAAGACGCCAGCCAAGACUCCCAGCAAGCCUGUAGCUGUGGAUCAGGAUGGCAUGGGGGAUAUCAAAAAGGCUCUGGAGGUUUGUGACUUUGCCCUUGACGUGACCAGCGGGAGCAUUGCGGAGGACGUGGUUCCCAUCAGCAUCAGGCACAUGCUCAUCAUCACCUGGGUCCGCGUCAAACAGAUGAUGUCACAGCAGAUUAAGAACCUCGGGGUGGAGGAUGAGGGUAAUGAUGGUCAGCGACCUAUGACCCGAUGCCUGGUCGCCCUGGAGAUGACCUCACUCAACGGCAACGGUCAGAUGGAGUUCAACGUCAUCAAACUGGACGAGCUGUCCAGUAUGGUUGACGAGUGUGUGUGGACAGAAGGUCUGGUGGAGCUGCAGGUGUGGACACGUCUGGCGGAGCACGCCUACAGCACACACAACCACCAGCUGGUCAUGAAGUGUGCCGGGAAGGCACUGGAGUUUGAUGGGAAGAGGAAGAUGGAGAAGAAACUGGGCAGUCAUGGUACUAUGGUGGAGGCAGAGAUGCUGAGUUACUCCAGUGACAUCCUGGGCAUGAGUCUGGUGGAGAACAUGGCUGGUAACAAUGCCAUCCGCAGGUCUGCAUUGGAGGCCUUCCUCAACGCAGCUAGAUAUGCUGGCAAGGCUGGUAACUACAGCCUGGUUAUCAUCGCUGCCCGUCACUACUGGAACACGUCGCUGAAGCUCAUCCCGUCCCCCAUGGAGCGGGAGCUGCUGAGAGACCCUCUACUGGUCAUCCUCAAGGCUCUGGCUGACACAUACAGGGAGAAGGCCAAACCGGAUAAGGAGGAGAAAGCGGAAGAGAAGGAACCAGAUGAAAGUAAGACUGCUCCAGCCCCGACCCCCGUGUCCACUACACCGUCCUUCGGAGACCCCUCGGAGGACCUGACCCUCAGGGCGUCCAUGUACGGCGUCGUUUUCCAGUCAUACGCAGACCGCGGCCAAUGGGAGGAGGGGUUAAAGGUCAUGGAUGAAGCUGUCCGAGUUAUGCCAAGAACCAAACACCGACUGCUCAUCUUCCAACACCGUGUCCUGACCAAAGCCAAGCUGGGCAAAAACGUGCAGAUGGACAUACAGAAGUUUAAAGAUGAGAGUGAAGCCUAUGUGGCUCUCAUGUGGCACAGAGUGGCUAAGAACUCCAAAGAGCCCAUGGAACAGUUGGCAGCAUAUCAACAAGCCAUCGUGGCACUACAGACACCGUCCAGUGAGUGGCAGAAGAUAGACUACCUGAUAGAGUUUGCAGAGUGGCUCUUCACCAACGGUUUCUCCAAACAAGAUGCUCAGGACAUGCUGGACUGGGCUGCCGACAUCCUGCUCAACAUGCAGUUUGGACCACAGUUCAAACCAGAGGAGACAGCCGGCAGAAGCUCUGCCAAGCGUCGCGGAAAGGGCAAAGGAAAGCCGUCGCCUCCUCCAACGGCAAAACCCAAACCGCCACCCCAACCCAAACCUCCUGCCAGGAAGAAAGAAGAGGAGGAAGAGGAUGGCCCCGAUCGCUACAUCCCCGUCAGCCGUCCGUCUCAGAUCGGCGUGGAGGUGGCCAACCCCUCGCUGCAGUUCACCGACCUGUGGCAGACACGGCAGCUGGAGGCUCUCCUGCGCAUACACGUCAUCCUGGCUAAGGUUGCUGGGAAGACGUCACCGUACUUCAAGGACUUUGCCGUGAUGGCCUACAGAUACUGUAUGAGGAUAUGGGAGGCCUCUUUGCAGUCUGUCCCCCAUGUGAUCAAGGAGAUGGCAAAGUUAGCCGCCACGGCACAGGCAGAACGCCCUGCGUCACGCGGCAAGGGAGACAAGAAGGAGACGCCUGCCAAAGCAGACAAGCCCAAAAGGAAGGGACCGAUCGAGGCCAUUCCGGCUACGCUUGAGGACUGGGCGUCAUAUGACAUUCCAGAGGAGGUGAGGGAGGCCUUCAGAAACGACACCACCGGUGCAGGUGUGAACAAGACCACCAUCACCAAGCCCACGCUGACCCUGCACUACAUGCAGACACUAGCUGACCAGCUGAGAGACCUGGGCUACAACCACCUGGCCCUGCCCAUCCUCACACUGGCUGAGGUGAUUGGGGCCGACGUGCUGGGGAGUAAGGCCAUGUCAUCACUGUGGCACACCAGACUGCUGGAGACCUGUCUGGAGAUCAACCUGUUACCGGCAGCAGGCUUCCACGAGCAGCAGGCGGGGCCGGCCAUCGCAGAGGAGGACCAGGCCGUGUCACGUGAGGAGAUUGCCAAGUGGCACGAGCACCAGGAGCAGGUCAGGCGCGAGGAGCUGCGUCUGCAGCAGUCCCAGGAGGCACUGGGAAAGUUUGUGCCCAAGACGACCACCAGCAAGGAGGACUCCCAGGAGACCACCCCACCAUGGACAGUGAGUGGGGUGAACCUACGUAAGGUGUGGACAGACAAGGCAGAAGUGUUACUGAGACUGGGGUACUACCAGGGGGCCAGGACACUGCUGGGAGAGGCACACAAAGCUGCAAAGACGUUCGGUGACCAGCGUACAGAGGUGCGGACUCUGCAGAACCUGGCCAGACUGUCCACCCUGGAGGCUAACCUGGGGCAGGCGGUCACCCUGCUGCAGGAGGCUCAGGCCCUGGGCGGGGACGAGGAGUUCUGGUUCCAGACUGUACUGGACAUGGCAGACGCCGUCAUGAGGGAGGUGGACUCAGACACUAAGGCCAAGAAGGCAAAGAGCAUCCUCCUGCAUGCCAUCACAGUGUACAAGGAAGUGCUGGAGAACCGGUCCACCAAGGCUGACCUCUUUGGCUACUUUGUUGCCAGUUUUGAGGCAAAGUUGGCUGCCAUACAGCUUGAGGAGGCCCUGGACGUGGAAACCAACGCCAUGCAGGACGAGCCUGUUGACAUGAAGGAGGUGCUGCGGCUGUUCCAGGGCUGCGCAGAACGACUGCUGACUGCAGGAUAUCCACGCAGGGCUGCGGAGGUCAUGGAGCAGCACGCAGGUGCCCUGCGUGAGCUGGCCCGAGCUGCCACCAUCCCCGAGCAGCUGCACAGCUGUCUCCUGGAGGGUCGCAGGAUCCUGGGACACGCUGUCAGUGUGAUGGAAGAGCUGCUGCAGGAUGUGCAGACUCUCACUCCCUUACAUGAGACCCAGAACAUGAGCCUGCCCCUGCAGCGGGAGGUUGCAGGGCUGAAGGUGAAAUAUGCUGAGCUCCUGGGGGAGAUUUUUGAAGCUGUGGCCAGAGAGGACAGGAACAGGACCAUCAUUGAGGCCAGGAAGGGGUCCUUACAGAGGAUGGUAGAGGACUACAUCCGGUCCACACCAGACCCCCAUGGAGUUGAGAAAGAGUGGGGCGCAGUGACAGCCACCCUCCCACAGGCCGCCAUAGUACAGCUCACUGCUGCACACAGUCUGGCCAGGGGAUAUACACCACUCAGGGCAAAGAGCCUGUACCUGAUCGGGCGUGUGCUGAGUGUUCUGUCUGCCCACCUGAACCCUGACCACCCGUCCCAGCAGUGGGAGCUGCAGUAUCUGGACCUGAACGCCGUCCUGCCUGACAGCACAGGCAGGAUCCCUGAGGAGGAACAGGUCAGGAGAGACUUUAUGAUGUUACGGAAAUAA